AACAUUUAUUUGCUUUUUAUCGACAAAGAUUAGUUAAAUUGAAUUAGGAAAUUGUAAAAAUUAAGAAAAACAACUGGCCUUGCGUAGCACUAAACAACUGGAUCCGAUAGUUGAACAAGCUCAGUAGUUCCACUCUUGGAGUGAACUUGUUCGGAACUAAACCCCACACAAGUUAUGUGAACGGUGUUUCGGUAAAAGAAAAACAAAAAAUAUGUUGCAAAUAAGUCGAUUCUGUUUAACAACUGCAAACACAGUUACAGCUCAGCGACAUAUCGCUAUCAGCGCCUCACGUUUCAUUGACCAAAAGUGGCGUGCAGAUCGAGGACUAACAGAGAACCCGAAUGCUUUCGGUCCACUCACUAAUUUACCUGACUACACUUAUCUGGAUGGCAGGGCGACGCCGUUGGGUUCUAAUCAGAAGAAACGCCUGUUGAAGCAGCAAGAAGUGGCUGCCAAGAUUGUGGAGUUGAGCAGCGAACUGGAGUUUGCUAAGGCGCGUCACGAGCGUCUUAAGUCUGAAGCCAAGGCUGAGAAGCAGCGCAUCAUACAGAACAAACUGAAACCAAAAGGACAGCUCUUGUUGAAAAAGAAAUGAAUGUAAACAGAACUUUGUCCAGAAUGUUAAUUAUCCUUUAGUUUGAUAAGAUUACAAUUAUAUUGAUUGUUUUCAUUAGGAAA